CGGCUGCGCGCGCAGCGGUGGUGGCGGCGGCGCGAUCGGCCGGGCUGUAACCGUCGUCCGUCCGGUAGCGGCUGGAGCGGCAGCGGCGGCCGGGCACGGCGCGAGGCGACGCCACAGGGCAGCGGCGGCAGCGGGGACAGCGGCGGCAGCCGGAGACGCAGCGGCGGCCGCAGCAGCAGCAGCAGCAGCAGCAAGACGGACUCGUGGACACGCGCCGCCGCCGCCGGGCCGGGCCGGGUGUCGCGCGCCGAGGCUGGGGGGGAGCCGUCGCCGCCACCGCUACCGCCGCCGCCGCCGCCGCCGAGGUGACUGAGGAGAGAGGCGCCUCCUCGCUCCCGCCGCCGCCGGACUUCAAUGCCCAGUCCCCAGCUCGCCAGCGUUUUUCGUUGGAAUAUACGUUGCACAUUUAUGGCGAUUCUGAGCGUGAGGGCAGACUUCUGCCAGGCUCAGCACAGCGUUUCCGCUGACAAGUGAGCUUGGAGGUUCUAUGUGCCAUAAUUAACAUUGCCUUGAAGACUCUGGACACCGAGACUGGCCUCAGAAAUAGUUGGCUUUUUUUUUUUUUUUUUAUUGCAAGCAUAUAUCUUUUAAUGACUCCAGUAAAAUUAAGCAUCAAGUAAACAAAAGUGAAAAGCGACCUACUCUUUUAACUUGUCUCACUAGUGCCUAAAUGUAGUAAAGGCUGCUUAAGUUUCGUAUGUAGUUGGAUUUUUUUGGAGUCCGAAGGUAUCCAUCAGCAGACAUUGAGGCCCAAAUUGAAUUUGGAUUCAAGUGGAUUCUAAAUACUUCUGCUUAUCUUGAAGGGAGAAGCUUCUUAAAGAAUAAACAAGUUGAAUAGAGAAAACACUGAUCGAUAAUAGGCAUUUUAGUGGUCUUUUUAAUGUUUUCUGCUGUGAAACAUUUCAAGAUUUAUUGAUUUUUUUUUUCAUUUUCCCCAUCACACUCACACACGCACGCUCACACUUUUUAUUUGCCAUAAUGAACCGUCCAGCCCCUGUGGAGAUCUCCUAUGAGAACAUGCGUUUUCUGAUAACCCACAACCCUACCAACGCUACCCUCAACAAGUUCACAGAGGAACUUAAGAAGUAUGGAGUGACAACUUUGGUUCGAGUUUGUGAUGCUACAUAUGAUAAAGCACCAGUUGAAAAAGAAGGAAUCCACGUUCUAGAUUGGCCUUUUGACGAUGGAGCGCCACCCCCUAAUCAGAUAGUUGAUGAUUGGCUAAACCUACUAAAAACCAAAUUUCGUGAAGAGCCAGGUUGCUGUGUUGCAGUGCAUUGUGUUGCAGGACUGGGAAGGGCACCUGUGCUGGUCGCACUUGCUUUGAUUGAAUGUGGAAUGAAGUACGAAGAUGCAGUUCAGUUUAUAAGACAAAAAAGAAGGGGAGCAUUCAAUUCCAAACAGCUGCUUUACCUGGAGAAAUACCGACCUAAGAUGCGAUUACGCUUCAGAGAUACCAAUGGGCAUUGCUGCGUUCAGUAGAAAGAAAUGUAUACGAAGGCUGACUUGAUCGUGGCAUUUAGAGGGAACUCUUGGUACCUGGAAAUGUGAAUCUGGAAUCUUAACUGUGUCAUCAAAGUAGUGAUGGAUUCAGUACUCCUCAACCACUCUCCUAAUGAUUGGAAAAAAACAAACAAACAAGAAUAUAUCCCUCUAUAACGUGAAUAAAAUGUUUAAGAAAAGAAAAAGAGAAAGAAAAAAAAGGAUUAAUUUAGUGAAGGAUGAUUUUGCUCCUAGUGUUGGAGUUUGAAUUUCUGCCAGGAUUGAAUUAUUUCAAAAUCUCCUGUCUUUUUAAACUUUCUCAAAAUAGGUCUCUAAGGAAAACCAGCAGAACAUUAGCCUCUGCAGAACCAUCUGUUUGGGGAGCACACUCUUCCAUUAUGCUUGGCACAUAGAUCUCCCUUUUGUGGAUUUCUUUCUUUCUUGGGGGGGGGGGGAGGCACGGUGUAUUUUUCCCUUCUUCUCACUUUCGUCUAUCCCUCUUUUUUCCCCUGAUACAAGUUGUAGGUGAAAUAGGAGAAGCCCAUGUUGCUGUAGAUGUGCGUGCAGUCUGGCAGCCUUAAGCCCACCUGGGCACUUUUAGGAAAAAAAACAAAACAAAAAAACACCAAAAAAAAGAAAAAACAAAAAAAGGCAGUGGCGUAUAUAGUAUAUGAUUCAGGUGUUUUUUAGUCUUUACUGAUGAUGGGGUAUUCAUGUUAGUUUCUUUUCUUGAAAACCCUAUUCAACAUGAGGCAAAGUAGCCAGGAGCCUUUUUUGUUUUGAUAAAUUUGUGGGGAAAUGGCAUUUUAAGAGGAGUCUCUCAAAGAACUUAGCUGAGAGUCGAAUUCAUCUCUUUUCCAACCAAUGAAGCUAAGUGGAUGUCCCAGAGAUUGUUGUUUUCGGAAGGGGAGUACUCCAGGCCGUCACUAAAGAUAUGUCCAGGCAGAGCAUUAGCACACUUUCUACACCUUGUAGAAUUGUGGGCUGUAGCAUUACUCUGAUUUUCUGUCUAAUGAUGUCAGAGAAUGCUGUUAGUGUAAAGUUUUUAUUUUAGGACUUAUUUGUACUCUGAAUUUUCAGGAACAGUCAAAGGAGUAGCAGCAAAGACACAAUAUUUUAGACUUGAGAAAUGCCUGUAAUGGGUAUUUCCCAAACUGCCCCCUAUAUGUACAGUUCAGUUUAACCACUGAUUGCCUUGUUAUUUUCAUACUAGGUUCUUUGUGAGAUUAAAAAAAAUUUUUUUUGCUGGUUCAAAACCAACAAUGCCUAGUGAGUAUGUGUCCACAGGCCAUAAUAGGGUAGAAGAGAGACAUAGAGCAGCUCAUUGUGUAGCAAAGGGACUGUGUGGCUAGUGCAGUGGUGUAGUAUCAUUUCUGCAGAUUCUUUGCUGGGUUCAAUGUACUGAUCUAGAAAAGCUAUUUUGCUGCUCCUUUGCAGUUGUGACCAGGCUGCAUUGACAAAGCAAGUUGGAGGAUACCAUCAGGGGCUCUUGUACUCUCCAGCUGAAUAUUACAUAAUUAAUAGUGCUCUGCUUCUAAGGAUUUGAAUAAAGUCUUACGGUCAUCUUGUCCUUUUGGAAUUUGCUGUGCAGAGCCAUAAACUUCCCAUUUUGUUAGGAUCAGCUAG